AUGGAUAAGUGUGAUUGUAAAUCUGGUUGGACAGGCCAGUUCUGUGAAAUUCCAACAUGUUUCGGAUUAGCUUCAACUGCUAAAAAAGUGUGUGCUGGUCAUGGAGAUUGCAUAAGCUCUGAUAAAUGCUCUUGUAAUAGUGGAUGGUUUGGAGCUGAUUGUUCAAUUCAUUCAUGUAAUGGAACAAGCUCUCAAGAUUUACAAAAUGUUUGUAAUGGAGGAAGAGGUCAGUGCAUUGGAACAGAUUUGUGUUUAUGUAAUGAAACAUGGACAGGUCAAUUGUGUGAAAUUCCUAAAUGUUUUGCAGUGAAUUCCAGUGAUAUUUCAGUUUGUUCAAGUCAUGGUCAAUGUAUUAAUGCUGACACUUGUCGUUGUAAUAAGGGCUGGUUUGGAGCUGAUUGUUCAGUUCAUUCGUGUAAUGGAACUAGUUCACAAGAUGUGCAAAACGUUUGUAAUAAUGGUAAUGGUGAUUGUGUAUCUACAGAUGUGUGUUCAUGCAAUCCACAUUGGACAGGACAAUUCUGUGAAAUUCCAAAGUGUUUUGGAUUACCAGCAAACUAUUCAAAUGUAUGUGCUGGUCAUGGUAAAUGCCUCUCCCCUGAUGUUUGUUUGUGUAAUCCUAAAUGGUUUGGGGCUAAAUGUGAUUCCCAUUCUUGUUUUGGAAUUCCAUCUUUCAAUUCAUCAGUUUGUUCCUCCCAUGGCCAAUGCACAACCAUGGACACAUGCAAAUGUUUUGGUGGAUAUGAUGGAGAAACUUGUUCCUCUCAUACAUGCUUUGGUUUUAAAUCCAAUAAUGACUCUAGAGUUUGCACGAAUGGUCAAGGAAAAUGUACAGGUCCCAAUCAAUGCACUUGUUUGGAAUCCGAAAGUGGAAGAGCAAUAGGUCCACAAUGUGAAACGAUUUUAUGUAAGGCAGGAGUUGAUAUGUGGUUACCACAAAAAGAUCCAAAAGUUUGUUCUCAACAUGGUAUAUGUAAAUUCAACAUGUCAACUGUUGGAUGUUUUUGUGAGGAAGGUUACGAAGGGCCAAUAUGUCAGUAUCCAAUCUGCUAUGGAAUUUCAUCGAAUUCAAAGAAAGUUUGCAAUGGAGUUGGUAAAUGUAAUGCUCCAAAUAACUGUUCAUGUUUUGAUAAUGACAUUGAUGGUCACUUUGUUGGAAAAACAUGUGACAAGUGUAAAAUUCCAUACUCUGGAAUUAAUUGUACAGUUAUUGAAAAAUGUAAUGCUACAUUGAAAUGCAAUUCACAUGGUACAUGUGAUGGCUAUGGUUUCUGUACUUGUUUCCAAGACGAAACUAACGGUUAUUGGAAUGGAACUAAUUGUAAUACUUGCAACGAUGGAUUUUAUGGAGAAGAUUGCAUGACUCAAAUGUCCAAUGUACAUUUCAAUAAUGAAGGAAAUGGAUUACUUUUCAAAAUGACCUCUCCAAAUCAUUUCACAUCCUUAAAUGUUGAUUGUAACAAUUUAUUAGAUUCUUCAAGUAUUUCCUCAUUUGGUUCUAAUGUAGUUUGUAGAUAUUCUAAUAAGACAUCCAAUGAUUUUAUUAUUGAAUUGGGAACUGAUCAUUCUAUUCAAGUUGAUCAAGAAAUUUUGUUGAAUAGAAAUGUGUUUAAUAGAAACAAAUUAGGAAAGGAUUAUCAAUCAUUCAAAAUUGGAAAUGCUGAAAAUCCAAUUCGCCCAACAAUUUGGCUCAAUGAAUUCAAAUCUUUCAUUCCAGAAAACGUUUUCAAUCAAUUAAGAUCUAUGGGAUUGAAUGAAGAAGGAGGAAAUAAGGAAGCAUCAACGGAAGAUAAGAAAGCAAGAUCAUCAGUGGAUAGAAGAGAUGAAAGUGGUUCACUGGCUUCAUCAGAGCAAAACUCCAAAAAUUCAAUGCAUUCUAACUUCUCAAAACAAAGUAAGAACAGUAUGAAAUUGGAUGCAGGAGGAUUAUUCAAGUUGGGCCUUUCACUGCAUAAGGAAGUUUCUGUAUUGAAUUUGAAACUCUAUGGUUUCAGUAAGACUCACUCCCCAAGUGAAAUAACUUCCUUAUUUGGUAAGAUUGCUUCUGGAUUGUCAACUCUGGCUAAAACCAUGCAAGUAACAGAUUUACAAAUUGUUUCUGUCGAAGAAUUCCAAUUAACAUUUGUGGACAAUAAGAAAAAGUCAAAUAUCGCAGCCAUGGAAUCUGCCCUCAAAAUUUGCAAAGUUUUGGAUAAUUUGCAUGGCAAGUCAGGAAAGAACAUUUCAUAUGCAAUUGGUAUUUCUAGUGGAGCCGCAAAUAUUGGAAAUUUGGGUAAUAACUCAUUGAGAUGCUAUUCCAUUGUAGGUCCACUCACUUGUAAUGCAAAGAAUAUUGGACUUUUUGCUAAAAAUUCUGGUUGUAAAGUAUUGGCAGAUGACCAAUCAAUUACAGAUGCCAGUUCCUUGUUUGUUACAAGACCUGUUGAUAGAUUCGAAUUGGAAGGCAAGCAAGUGACAUCUCUUCAUGAAAUCAUCAAGGAAAAUGUUGUUGAAUGUGAUGAAUGGUUAUAUGAAGUUGAGCAACACAAGGCAAACCAAAGGUUCAAAGACUUCCAAAGUGCAUUCACCAUUUUCGGACAAGAGAGUUUGACUUUGGAUGAGGUCAACAAGUCCUUAAAUAUUUUGAAUGGAUAUUUAACUAAUAAUCCUGAUGAUAAGGUGGCUCGUAGAUUGGUCAACUCUUUGGAUAAUAUGUUAAAUAUUUCUAAUGGCAAUGAGAAUAUUUCAGAGUCUGUCAAACAUUAUAGAUCCAAAUUUAGUACUUCAUUGAAUAAUGUGAGCGUGGAGAAUGAGAGAGAAAAGGUAUUAUCUUCAGAAAUAAUUGAAUAA